GUCCAGAACACACCCAACCUGAUUGAUUGCAGCGUCCAGCAUGCUGGAUCGAGCGUAGGUAAAAGAAAAAGCAGACAGCAUUUCAACAUGAGGGACCCACUGACGGACUGUUCGUACAAUAAAGUAUACAAGAGCCUGAAGGAGUUUGCCCAACAUGGAGACAAUUUCUGCAAGCAGAUCACAUCCGUUCUUCAGCAAAGGUGACAGGACUUUUAAUCUGGAAACGUACAAGUCUUCCCUGACACUGAUAUCCAUGCAAGAAAUUCUGACUUGGCCAGUGGAUCUCCUUAGGGCCAACCUGGAGAUGAGCUACGCCAAAGGGCUUCAGAAACUGGCCGUCAAGCUCAGCAAAGCACUACAGAGCACAAAGAAAAACUGUCUCAGCACUGCUUGGGCCUGGGCCUCAGAGAGCAUGAAAUCCGCAGCAGACCUCCAUCAAAAACUUGGCAAAGCAAUUGAGUUGGAAGCGAUAAAGCCAACACACCAGGUCCUGAGUAUGCAAGAGAAGAAGAGAAAAUCGCUUGAUAAUGAAGUGGAAAAGACAGCAAAUCUUGUUAUUAAUAACUGGAAUCAGCAAAUCAAGGCUAAGAAAAAAUUAAUGAUGAGUACCAAGAAGCAUGAAGCACUUUUCCACCUUAUAGAAAGCUCCAAGCAAUCCCUGACCCCGAAGGAGAAGCAGAAGCUCCUCAACAAGCUGAAAAAAUCAACUGAAAAAUUGGAAAAAGAAGAUGAAAGUUACUACCAAAAAAACAUGGCAGGCUAUUCUACCAGGCUGAAGUGGGAAAGCACCCUGGAAAACUGCUACAAGAGCAUGCUGGAGCUGGAGAAGGAAAGAAUUCAACUUUUAUGCAAUAACUUAAACCAGUACAGCCAACAUAUUUCUCUUUUUGGACAAACGCUGACCACAUGCCACACACAGAUCCACUGUGCCAUCAGCAAGGUUGAUGUUGAAAAAGAUAUCCAGGCUCUCAUGGAAGAAACUGCAAUCCUGUCUAUAGAAAACAAAUCGGAGCUUCUCCUGGCUGACUAUUUUGAAGAAGAUCCAAAGAACCCAAUGGACAAAGAGAGACGGAAGUCUUUAAUAAAACCCAAAUUGGGGAGACUGCAAAGAGACAUUGAAAAGGCCUCAAGAGACAAAGAAGGCCUGGAGCGGAAGCUUAAAGCACUUGCCAGCAGCUCCUCCUUUUCUGAUGCCAAGAGCCAGAAAGACACGGAGACCCUAAUGGAUGAGAACAGUUUGAAACUAGACCUUUUGCAAGCGAACUCCUACAAACUGUCGUCGGUGUUGGCAGACCUGGAGCAAAGGCCAAAGCCCUGCCAUCCCUGUAGCACCUGCAUUUUCAAGUGGAAAGAAAAGGAGCACUCUCAUACUUAUGUGAAAAUAUCCCGGCCUCUUUUGACGAAGAGACUAGAGAAAGCUGAGAGCAAAGCCCCUGCAGGCGGGCAGAACAAUCCAAGCUCUUCACCUUCAGGCUCUACUGUGUCCCAAGCCAGCAAGCAUCUUUGCAAAGCCUUAUAUACGUUCCAAGCCAGGCAAGAUGAUGAGUUGAAUUUGGAAAAAGGAGACAUCGUGACCAUCCAUGAGAAGAAAGAAGAAGGAUGGUGGUUCGGCUCUUUAAAAGGCAAGAGAGGCCAUUUUCCUGCUGCCUAUGUGGAGGAGCUACCUCCAAAGGCUGGAAACACAGCUACACAGGCAUAAAACAAGAAUGGAUGGACACACAGAAUGGCCUUGCACAUUCUGUAAACAAUGUGAUGCAGAAAAAGGAAGAUUUUUCUUAUGCAGUGGAUGGUAGAGUCCUGCCUGCAUUUCACAGUGCUCUGUACAUGGGGUUAUUAACUUCAAAGAGUUAAAUAAAAGACAGUUGGAUCGAAUGAGACAAAGUUUAUGGGUUCCUAGACUUUCUAAAAUCUAAAACCCUAGAGAUUGUCUACCGGUGACAAAGAGGAGACGGAUUGCCCGAAGACCUAUCAUCAUCUGUAAGCACACAAGAAGUAAAAUGCAGGUGCCCUUUUAUCUCUAGCUUUGGGUGGCAACUGGAAACAGCAGGCCUCUAAGCACAGCCAAAGCCUGAAAAAAUAAGAAAGGACACAGACCAAACUCAGAGUCCACAGUGGCAGGCAAACAAGAUUCAGUGUAACAGACACAAGUUGUAAAGCACAAUAAAGGAUGAGAAGCCAA